AUUUCAAUUUGCACCAAAGACCCUCUCUCUCACACACGCACUCACUACUCAGCCCUCAGUCCUCACCCUCUUUCUCUCACCCUAGGUCAAGCACACACACGCACCAGUGCACCACCGGCCACCACCACGCCACCACCAGUUCACCACGCACCCUGCGCCGCGCCUCUGCCUCUCUUUCUCGUCUUCUCCAGAUCUCGUUGUCUAACCCUUUCUUUUUCAUGAAUCUUCAGUCACUCACGCCAUUUCUACCUCGCAGUAGACAGGCUUCAAGUCAAAUUGGUAUUUUCUUAUUCAAUUCUUCAAUUCGUGAACCUGAAACUGUGUUUGCUGAAAACAGUUGCGUAAUUUCAUUGCAACAAACGCUGGUUGAUCUUCUCGAUUUGGUGGGUCGACGAAUUUUAGUUGGUCCCGUUCUCCCCUUCAUUUCCUCUUUUGCAUUGUACAUUGACCUUGCUGAAGGUGAACGCGCUUCAUUUUUAGAGAAAUUCUGGCAAGUCACAGCGAAGUGGAACCAGAUUAAUCAUGCUGGAGCAGGGUAUGAGGAUGAUGAUGAUGAGGCAAUUCAUGUGCUUCUCUGCCAAUGAUCAUGUUUCUCUGCACUGGUAUUUGCAUAUCUUGCUGUGGUUAUGAAGCUGUGAUAUUUGCUAUUUCCUACUGGUUGUGAUCCUUGCUGAUUGGUAUACUGAAGCCUGGCUCGUGGCUUUCUAUAAUGGAGUGGAAUUGGUUGAAUGCUGUACUCUUUUGAAUGCUAUGCCCCCAUAAUUAUUUUCUUUUUCUGCUACUUGUAAUGCUUUCUGUUCUGUAACUGUUUCUUUUCAUUUUGCUGACCUUGUGAUCCUUUGUGUGGAUCUUUGGUGUUUCGUCUUGUACUGGUUCUUUGAGCUAUCUUUUUGCUCUUGGUUACCUUUCCUUAUCAAUAAAGAUUUUGCUUUCAGAAACAAAAAA